AUGUCUUCCAUGCAGACGGAAGAAAAAGAAAUGCACCGGGAACCGUCCAACUUGCCAGGCUUGCGUCGUCGCAGGAAGGGUCGAACAUACAAUCACUCCCUUGCAAAAUAUCGAGCAAAUAACUCCAAUGCGCCGGUCGUGUCGUCUGUUCAGUUAAAGACUCCCUUGGAGGAGGAGUUUGACUACCGAACGACACACCCGCCAUCAAAGGCAACGAGGCCCACGAUCGACGACGGAUAUGCUGUGUCAAGGCAUCUUUCUCGUCCAUCCAACGAUAGAGUCCCUAAGGCAUAUGGCAUGCUACAGUCAUCCUCUCCGGAGGCCAUCAGUUCCGCGCGUGUCUACGACAAACAGUUCUCGAUCCCGUCUUCGAUGCAGCCAACAAAUAAUGCGUUGCCAGGCUCUUUCUUGCAGCCUCCAGGUCCCUCCAACAAGUCCCUGUUACAUUUGCCUUACGCCAGUGAAUUACGCGCUCUAUUCUUUGCUCACGGGGUAAAGAUUAGCAUCCGGAUGACACAGGACAAGCUGGAUGCUAUCGCUCGAGCAGACAUGUCUGGCUCUAUCGUUCACCCCGUCUUCAUACACGUCGCUCAUCUCAUAGGCGCCAUCUUUUACUACCAUGAUCAAGCGGUGAAUAUCGAGCAGGAUAGCGAAGCUAAUGACCUUCAAGUCGUCAUGUCCAUCCUAUCACAAUCCAACGCUCUCCCCCCUGUUGCGUCCAUUCAAGCCCUUGCGCUUCUCGCUUACUACCACUACUACAAGAGGGAUCUCUCCAGCGCGUGGGAUCGCAUGCGAGCGGCGGUCGAUCUCGUUCUUUUGCACGAUAUGCACAUCACUAUCCCCACUUCAGACGGCUUGACCGAAGCAUGCUCUGUCCGUCAUAGAGGCGGCCCACUGGCUGCGGUGGACGGAGCUGACGAGGAGAGGUCUGUCCUUGCCCAAGUGUUGUAUCGGGACAGGGAGGCGGAACUGGUCCUGGGUAUGCCGUUCGGAUCGACACCUCACCUAGUGGCCGAGUUCCAAGCGUGGGCAUCACUUGAUCCACCACCAGAGCUUCCUAAUCCCGUAGUCACGCGUGCAAUGUGUGCUUGGCUCCUAUAUGAGACCCGAGCGUUCAUACAGCAGUGGGGUCAACCAGAGGCACUCGGCCUCACACAUCCCUCUCCAUUGUGGUACGAAACCUGUCUCAAUAUGACCCACCGCAUCGAACAACAACUCGUCCACGUUCAACACUCGAUAAUGCGAGCCUCCCUCAUCUUCGAAGACCGGCUGAGCACACUCGCGUACAAAGGCUUCGCCAUAGUCUGUCUCACCGCACUUACGAACAUGUACACCGUCCUUGCUCAAGUGCACACGGGCCCAGACUCGAGGCGCCAACUGCUCGAUACGGCGGAGCAUGUUGUCAGUAUUUCAGAGUCAUUUACGGACGAGGAGUACGAUUAUAUGGAGGCACCGCUUUAUGUGCGUAUUUCCUCCGGUCUGCGGUGUACGGGAGCUGACGCUCGGAUCAACUCGGAUAACGUUCUUCGAUCCGUAGAUGUGUUGGAACACCGUUCGUGA